AUGGGACAGAGGCACAACAGACGACGCACUCGCCCCCGAUCUCGAAACCGCUCCAUCAAUCUAGCUCCGCCUCCUGCUGCUAUCCUCUCGUCAGUGGAGUUCUGCGCUUCUCCUUAUUCCUCCUCUCUCGACUGCCUUGGAAAUCGCCCUGCCUCGACCCGGCACUAUAGGGGUUUGACAUGGCAAGAUCGUGAAUACAUCCUGGAACCGAAGACAACCUCGAUGGAGACGAAUCAAUACCGCGUCUUUGGAGGCGAGCCUGGAGACGAUGUGGGCCUGUGCUAUCGCAUGCUCGAAUAUUUCGGCGGACUUGAUUAUAUCGAUCCUUUGCAGGACAUCAAGCCCUUACCUGGGUGA